CGGGGCCGGAAGCAGGGGUUCCGGGUUGCGGGCUCCGGGAUGAAAGGAGGGAACGCAGGUGAGAAAACAAGACCGACAAGUAGGGAAACCGUGAGGUGAACAUAGCCCUAGCUCGCUGUGGCAGAGGCUGAAGAGACGGCAAAAACACUGAAGAGUCGGACUGACAGCUGGCAGAGAGAGAAGUUGGCUACCAUGGAAUCACCAGAGGAGCCUGGAGCAUCCAUGGAUGAGAACUACUUUGUGAACUACACUUUCAAAGAUCGGUCCCACUCAGGCCGGGUGGCUCAAGGCAUCAUGAAACUAUGUCUGGAGGAGGAACUCUUUGCUGAUGUCACCAUUUCAGUAGAAGGCCGGGAGUUUCAGCUGCACCGGCUGGUCCUCUCAGCUCAGAGCUGCUUUUUCCGGUCCAUGUUCACUUCCAACCUGAAGGAGGCUCACAACCGGGUAAUUGUGCUGCAGGACGUCAGUGAAUCUGUUUUCCAGCUCCUAGUUGAUUAUAUCUACCAUGGGACUGUGAAACUUAGAGCUGAUGAACUGCAGGAAAUUUAUGAGGUGUCAGACAUGUAUCAACUGACAUCUCUCUUUGAGGAAUGUUCUCGGUUUUUGGCCCGGACAGUGCAAGUGGGAAACUGCCUUCAGGUGAUGUGGCUGGCAGAUCGACACAGUGAUCCUGAGCUCUACACUGCGGCCAAGCACUGUGCCAAGACCCACCUGGCCCAGCUGCAGAGCACAGAGGAAUUUCUCCACUUGCCCCACCAUCUACUCACUGAUAUCAUCUCGGAUGGAGUACCAUGUUCCCAGAACCCAACAGAAGCAAUAGAAGCCUGGAUCAAUUUUAAUAAAGAGGAAAGAGAGGCUUUUGCAGAGUCACUCAGGAGUAGCUUGAAGGAAAUUGGGGAGAAUGUGCACAUUUACCUUAUUGGAAAAGAGUCAUCUCGUACCCACUCCUUAGCUGUGUCCUUACACUGUGCUGAAGAUGACUCCAUCAGUGUAAGUGGCCAGAAUAGCUUGUGCCACCAGAUCACUGCAGCCUGCAAGCAUGGCGGAGACUUAUAUGUGGUGGGAGGUUCCAUCCCACGGCGCAUGUGGAAGUGCAACAAUGCCACUGUUGACUGGGAGUGGUGUGCACCUUUGCCCCGAGACCGGCUCCAACAUACCCUGGUGUCUGUGCCUGGGAAAGAUGCCAUAUAUUCAUUGGGUGGUAAGACACUGCAGGAUACCCUCUCGAAUGCAGUCAUCUAUUAUCGGGUAGGUGAUAACGUGUGGACAGAGACAACUCAGCUAGAGGUGGCUGUGUCAGGGGCCGCUGGUGCCAACCUCAACGGAAUCAUCUACUUACUAGGGGGUGAAGAGAAUGACCUGGACUUCUUUACCAAACCUUCCCGACUUAUCCAGUGCUUUGACACAGAGACAGACAAGUGCCAUGUGAAGCCCUAUGUGCUACCCUUUGCAGGACGCAUGCACGCAGCAGUGCACAAGGAUCUGGUGUUCAUUGUGGCUGAAGGGGACUCCCUGGUGUGCUAUAAUCCCCUGCUAGACAGCUUCACAAGGCUUUGCCUUCCUGAGGCCUGGAGUUCUGCCCCAUCUCUCUGGAAGAUCGCCAGCUGUAAUGGGAGCAUCUAUGUCUUCAGGGACCGAUACAAGAAGGGAGAUGCCAAUACCUACAAACUUGACCCUGCCACCUCAGCGGUAACUGUCACGAGAGGCAUUAAGGUGCUGCUUACCAAUUUGCAGUUCGUUUUGGCCUAAGGUGGUGACAGGAAGAACAGCUGACUCCUUCACCCUCCCCUUUUUGGGCUCCUCCCCAAACUAAAAAUCCCCUGAGCCCCAAUUCAGUAAUAUGUUAUUUUGGGCAGCGCCUCAUCCCUUCCCUGAACACUUAGGUGUGUUCUGUUUGGGGAUUUUUAGACUGUUGCUGCACAGCUGGCUGCUUGAACUGAGAGGUUGGCCAGCCUGUUCUCUGCCAUCCCCACUAAUCCUGUGCCUCAUUACAGAUUGCUACGUGUGAGACUUUUCUCAGACCUUAGGCACAGCCUCCCCUCUUUACCUAAUCAACGGAAAAUAGGAGCACCCCCAUCCCAACUAGCCUGUGAGGUGGCUAGUUGAUCAUUUUACCACGAAGAAUUAGGUGUUAAGUUUUCCUUCAGGCUUUGGAUGAAGAGUGGACUUAGUUGAAGGUGUACCUCACCAGCAGGAGUCAACUCUAGAAUUUAGGACGUUCCUUCUAUUGUUUUCUCAUCUUCUGUCAGAAAAAGUAACUUUGGUUUUAUUUUUGGCUUACUCCAAGGGGUAAGCUAGAAAGUAGAAAGAAUGAUUUCUGAUUAAUAGCAGAAACUGUUUUUCAAACUCAAAUAUAUAAGGUCUCUGCUCUUUUAAAAGCUCUAAACUAAAUCAAGAGCUAGGAACUGUUCAUACAAAUAAAAAGUU